UAUCGAAGAAGACGAAGACGAAGAAGACGAAGAGGAAGAGUAGCACCCGCCGAGGCCAACCACCGCCGUCCUCCCUCUCUCCGCCGCCGCCCGCCGCCCCCGCCCGAGCCGCCGUGGAUGGGCCAGUCAGCCUCGACGGCCUCAUUCCAGGCCCGCCGCGACUCCACCUCCGCCCACGGCCACCACCGCCGCCCCGCCGGCUCCAAGCCGUCGCCCCUCGUCUCGCCGACGAUGCUCGCCGGCGGGACCGACGGCCGCGACGCGACCGGCGACGCGCCCGACUGCACCUCCCACCUGCCGGACGAGUGCCUGGCCUGGGUGUUCCAGUGCCUCGGCACCGGCGACCGGAAGCGGUGCUCCCUGGUCUGCCGGCGGUGGCUCGCCGUCGAGGGGCAGAGCCGCCACCGGCUCUCCCUCAGCGCGCGGGCGGAUCUCCUCCCCCUGGUGACGUCCCUGUUCUCGCGGUUCGAUUCCGUCACGAAGCUCGCCUUGAAGUGUGACCGCAGAUCGGCCAGCAUCGGCGACGAGGCGCUGGUUCUCAUCUCGUUGCGGUGCCGGAACCUGACGCGCCUCAAGCUCCGCGCGUGCCGCGAUCUGACCGACGCUGGCAUCGCGAACUUCGCUAAGAACUGCAGGGGCUUGAAGAAGCUCUCGUGUGGAUCCUGCACCUUCGGUGCGAGAGGCAUGAACGCGGUUCUCGACAGUUGCGCGUCCCUGGAAGAACUAUCGGUGAAGCGGCUUCGUGGCCUCGCCGGCGAUGGAGCUGCGGCCGAGCCCAUAGGGCCCGGUGUAGCUGCAGUUUCACUCAAAAUCAUUUGCCUGAAGGAGCUAUACAAUGGGCAGUGUUUUGGUCCGUUGAUCAUAGGUUCCAGGAAUUUAAGGACUCUGAGACUGUUUAGGUGCUCAGGUGAGUGGGAUAAGCUGCUCCAACUAAUGGCGUACGAAGCAAAUGGUGUGGUUGAGAUCCAUCUUGAGAAACUCCAGGUAAGCGAUACCGGUCUUGCUGCCAUCUCUAAUUGCCCUGAUCUAGAGAUUUUGCAUCUUGUAAAGACAGUAGAGUGUACGAAUUUGGGGCUCGUGUCGGUGGCCGAACGUUGCAAGCUAUUAAGAAAGCUUCACAUUGAUGGAUGUAAGGCAAAUCGCAUUGGCGAUGAGGGUUUAAUUGCUGUAGCUAAGCACUGUCCUAAUCUGCAAGAACUCGUUCUUAUCGGUGUUAACCCCACCAAAUCAAGUUUAGAUUCGCUGGCGUCAAAUUGCCAAAACUUGGAGCGCCUGGCAUUGUGCGGUAGCGAUACUGUUGGUGAUGUAGAGAUCUCGUGCAUUGCAGAAAAAUGUAUAGCGCUGAAGAAACUUUGCAUUAAGAGCUGCCCUGUCUCGAAUGAUGGUAUGGAAGCAUUAGCUAAUGGGUUCCCUAAUUUGGUAAAAGUGAAGGUUAAGAAGUGUAGAGGAGUGACUUGUGAGUUUGCUGAGUGGUUGAGAGCGAUUAGGGGGUCGCUUGCAGUGAGUUUAGACAGUGGUGAACAUGAAAAUGCUGAUGUCAGUACAAGUGAGGGCGGAGUGCAAGACAAUGGGGUUGAAUUUCCACCGGUAGUCAGCCAACAGGCUGCUGCUAAUAUUGCUUCAUCAAGUAGUGGUCCUACUCGAUCUUCAUCAUUCAAAUCUAGGUUAGGGAUGCUGAGUGGAAAGAAUCUAGUUGCUUGUACCUUUAGAAGGUGGUCAAAUGACAGUAAACUUUCAUGAAGUAAAUAUACUUCUGCAAUUUGCAAAAGGAAAAAGGUAUCGUUGCCUUUAUCUGUUCAAAUUGAUUUUGUAUCCUUUUAACAUUUCUGUUUUAAUGUCCUCAUGUAAUGUUGGUUUCUGGUUACUGAAUUGGAAUCCAAUCUUUAACUUCAAAAGGUUUA